GGUUGAGAUUGGACGCCAUGCCGAUGACGUCGUUCCGGUUGCGGUGAUGAGUGCCUUGCCUCCGUCACGUCGUGGAUUCGUCACUCGUAUGUUCCUUUUGUCAUCGUUACUGUUUGCUUGACGAUUGGAGGACGAACGCGUUCGGUGGGUCUGAUACGUCGUCUUUUCAACCGUUGGAAUCCAUGGCUUUUGUGACGUCUUUUUUCACCCGGUGUUGGGUGUUGAACCUGGAAGAUUUUGGUGCUGAAUACUCCGCCCUGGCAAUCGACCAAGAAACGUGAAUACAAACUGGGCAAAAUCUUUCGAGUAGGCCCUAAAUUAGGCUCGAUCUUAAGAUGAGCGUAGACACAUUGACAUUCCUGGACACUGACGAUGGGGACCUAAUCGGAGCAGACACUCAGGGCUCAGAGUUCGAUUUCACGGAUUUCUCCAUCCCAUCACAAAGUCAAACUCAGGCCUCUCAGUUGGACCCACAGCAAUCACAGCCUCCUCAGGUGAAUGGUGAGUUGAGGCCCAAUUUGGAUGGAGAGAUAUCAAAUGUAACCCAAUCCAUUGGAGACCUUCAAUUUGAAGACGAAGAUGAGGAAACUUAUUACACCAAGGACCUUCCAGAACAUGCUUGCAAGUACUGUGGAAUCCAUGAUCCAAGCUGUGUUGUUCUGUGCAAUGUGUGCCGUAAAUGGUUCUGCAAUGGAAGAGGGAAUACAUCAGGCUCUCACAUCAUUAAUCAUCUAGUCAGGGCCAAGCAUAAGGAAGUGACUUUGCACAAGGAUGGCCCCUUGGGUGAAACCGUGCUGGAAUGUUAUUCCUGCAGCAGUCGCAAUGUAUUUGUCCUGGGAUUCAUUCCUGCCAAGGCCGAUUCUGUUGUUGUGCUCCUUUGCAGACAGCCCUGUGCUGCCCAGAGUUCUCUCAAGGACAUGAAUUGGGAUCAGGAGCAGUGGAAGCCACUGAUCCAAGACCGAAGCUUCCUCCCCUGGCUGGUUAAGGUUCCUUCUGAGCAGGAUCAGAUGCGGGCUCGGCAGAUCACAGCACAGCAGAUAGCCCGGUUGGAGGAAUUAUGGAAGGAGAAUGUGGAUGCCACAUUCCAGGACUUAGAGAAGCCUGGUGUGGAUGAGGAGCCUCAACAGGUCCUUCUCAGAUAUGAGGAUGGGUACCAGUAUCAGAACAUCUUUGGUCCAUUGGUGAAGCUGGAGGCAGAUUAUGACAAGAAGCUGAAGGAGAGUCAGACACAGGAUAAUAUUGAAGUCAAAUGGGAUCAGGGUCUCAACAAGAAAAUCAUUGCAUAUUUCAAGCUUGCCAAGACAGAUGGAGAUAUGAAAUUGAUGCAUGGUGAUGAGCUGAGACUGCGGUACCUUGGUGAGUAUGGGAAGCCUUGGUCUGGUGUUGGACAUGUGAUCAAGAUUCCUGACAACUAUGGUGAAGAUGUUGGCAUUGAGCUCAAGAUGCAAGCAGCUUUGAGGAAGUUUGCUGUGGAUGAUUCCUCAGUGUCAGGCUACAUCUACCACAAAUUGUUGGGUCACGAAGUUGAAGAUGUUGUGUUCCGCAGCCACCUGCCUAAGCACUUCUCAGCGCCCAAUCUACCUGACCUGAAUCGAUCCCAGGUCUAUGCUGUGAAGCAGAGUCUCCAGCGCCCACUAUCCUUGAUUCAAGGCCCACCAGGAACUGGGAAAACAGUGACAUCUGCCACCAUUGUUUACCAUCUGGUGAAGCAGAAUGGGGGGCCCAUGCUCGUCUGCGCUCCGUCCAACAUUGCUGUGGAUCAGCUGACUGAAAAGAUCCAUCGCACUGGGCUGAAAGUGGUACGGUUAUGUGCCAAGAGCAGGGAGGCCAUUGAAUCCCCUGUCUCGUUCCUGGCUCUUCAUAACCAAAUUCGUAACAUGGACACGAACUCAGAGCUGAUGAAGUUGCAACAGCUGAAGGAUGAGACAGGAGAGCUUUCAUCAGCUGAUGAGAAACGUUACCGCAUGCUCAAGCGUACAUCCGAGAAGGAGCUCCUUGAGGCGGCUGAUGUCAUAUGUUGCACUUGCGUUGGUGCUGGUGAUCCUCGCAUGCUCCGAUUCAAGUUCUAUUCCGUCCUGAUUGAUGAGAGCAUGCAGGCUACUGAGCCAGAGUGCAUGGUCCCUGUUGUCCUGGGGGCAAAGCAGUUGAUACUGGUGGGAGACCACUGUCAGCUGGGGCCAGUGGUGAUGUGCAAGAAGGCAGCUCGGGCAGGUCUUUCCCAGUCUCUCUUUGAACGAUUGGUGGUGCUCGGGAUACGGCCUCUCCGUCUAGAGGUCCAGUAUCGCAUGCAUCCCGAGCUGGCGAAGUUCCCCUCCAACUUCUUUUAUGAGGGAUCCCUUCAGAAUGGAGUCCAGGAAGAUGAGAGGAAAUUGAAAGGUGUGGACUUCCCUUGGCCACAAGCUGACAAGCCAAUGUUUUUCUAUGCCACGACCGGUCAGGAAGAGAUUGCCGGAUCGGGGACAUCGUACCUGAAUCGCACGGAAGCGGCUAAUGUGGAGAAGAUCACAACACGUUUUCUUAAAAGUGGGGUGAAACCAGAGCAGAUUGGGAUCAUCACACCUUAUGAGGGCCAGCGUGCAUACCUCGUUCAGUACAUGCAGUACCAGGGCUCUUAUCACAUGAAGCUGUACCAGGAGGUGGAGGUGGCGAGCGUGGAUGCAUUUCAGGGCCGAGAAAAGGACAUCAUCAUCAUGACUUGUGUGCGGUCCAACGAACAUCAGGGCAUUGGGUUUCUCAAUGACCCUCGACGACUCAAUGUUGCCCUCACGCGAGCUCGCUAUGGCAUCAUCAUUAUUGGCAAUCCAAAAGUCCUUUCCAAGCAAGCAUUGUGGACACACCUCCUGUCGUUCUACAAGGAAAACCACGUGUUGGUGGAGGGUCCAUUGACAAACUUACGGGAGAGCACGAUUCAAUUUGCCAAACCCAGGAAGCUGAUCAACACAUCCAACCCUGGCACACACUUCAUGUCAACAGCAAUGUUUGAUGCCCGUGAAGCCAUGACCCCAGGCUCUGUUUAUGAUCGAACCUCUCAUCUCAAUCCCAUGAAUAACUUCUAUCACCAGAGACCUCGUAGCUCCCUGUUGUCAGCUGGAGAUAUUUAUAGCCGCACUCACGACCGGCUGGCUUUCAUCUCACCAGAGCAUGCAAGCCAGGCUUUGGGGAACCUCCCAGUGCCAGUUGGAAUGUUCUUGAACAUGUCACAUGUCCCACCUCGCUUCUAUCAACAGCAUCAACAAGCCAUUCAAGGGCGAGGAAACCGACCUGGGACGAAGCCAGGCAUGCGUGUUGGCCAGAUGGGAAGGGGGAAGCCAGGAAAUGGACGGAUUAUGACUCAUCUGUCGCAAGGGAGCCAGGAGGCACACACCCAGGAUGGGACACCACUGACCCAAGGAGGACUCUCCCAGGGGAUGUCCCAGCCAGGAUUUGGGAGCCUCAGCCAGGGGGGGCUGAGCCAACCAGAGUUGAGCCAGGACAGUUAUCUGAUUGGGGAAUUCCAGUCCCAGAUGGAUGGACUGCUUUCACAGGAUUCCACCUAUCAGGGAGAUCGGGGCUCUGCCUUUCUCCCCGGCGCAUCCUCUCAAGGAGCACAGUUCACUCAGAUGGCGCCGACCAGGAGGUCACGAGAUUCCCCUUCUCUCCGUCUUCUCAUGGAAAAUCCUUCAGAAGUUCUGGAGGCAGCCAAAGAAACCCUAAUCACAAUCGUCCGAAAUAUACUCCAUAAUUCCGGAGAUGAGAGGUAUCGUCGGAUUCGCCUGAGCAAUCCCUUGGUCGAAGGGAAGCUUCUACCGGCUGCGGGUGCAUUGGAAUUCCUCUUCGAAAUUGGGUUCCAAGAGGAAGAUGAUUCGCUGAAAUACCCUGCCAACGGAGAUAGAACGGCUCUCCAAGAGUUUCUUGAUGCCCUUCUCGAACUUGGAAAGCCCAAGAAAGACGUUUCUCAUGGGAUUACAGAGCUGAGAAUAGGCUCAAGAGAAAGUCUUCAGGCAGAAUCCUGCUCAAAGGAAGUGGCUCCAACUGCAUUCAAGUUUCACAACAUUCGUGGGACCCUGAGAGUGCACAGUGCAGAUGUGAUGCAGUAUGAGCGGCCAGAGCUUCGCAAGAAGGCCAGGAGUCUCAUUCCAGUUCGAGAACUUGAAACUCAAGCAGAGGCCAAAGCACCUUCUGAAUCUGACUUCUGUGAUUUUCUUCUGCUUGAACUGAUGCACUGGUUCAAACAGGAGUUCUUCUCUUGGUUCAAUGCACCUACCUGCCCACAGUGUUCAUUGGAGAUGUCCUCCAUUGGUCAUUUGGAACCUUCACCUGAGGAGCUCCUAUGGGGUGGAUCCAGGGUUGAGGGGUAUCAGUGCCAACAGUGCCUCACCACAUCACGCUUUGCUCGGUACAAUCAUCCCGGAAAGCUGCUCGAGACUCGUCGCGGUCGAUGCGGAGAAUGGGCAAACUGUUUCACCCUCAUGUGUCGGGCUCUUGACUUAGAUGCCCGUUACGUGCUGGACUUUACUGACCAUGUGUGGACUGAGGUCUACUCAGACUGCAAGCAACGCUGGCUGCACUGUGAUCCGUGCGAGGAGGCGUGUGACACCCCGCUACUCUAUGAGGUUGGCUGGGGGAAGAAACUCACCUAUGUAAUUGCCUUUUCUAAGGAUGAGGUUCAGGAUGUGACAUGGCGCUACAGUCGUGACCAUGCAGCCACAUUGAAGAGGAGAAAUCUCUGCUCUGAAGCUUGGCUCCUCUCUGAAUGCAUGCACAUGACUCGAGAGAAACAGAGAUAUUACUCUGAUGCAGAGAGGAUGCGGUUGCAGGAGAGACUUACUCGCGAGCUGGUUGAAUUGUUGGUACCAAGGGAAGUGGGUCAGGGGGAAACCCAAGGCAGGACCUCUGGAUCUCUAGCAUGGCGUCAAGCAAGGGGUGAAACAGGGGAACAUGCAGCAUUGGGUCAUAUCUUUUCCCUGCCGACAGACUCAAAGUGCACUAGGUUUGAGAUCACUUACUCCCCUGUCACGAAUGUGUACAGAAUCCUCACCAGUUUGUCUGACAAAACACAAUCAGAGGAGAUGAAGGAAUGGAAUGCAGGGGUCCUUGAGGCCUCUAAUGUGUUCCUGAAGCAUGAAAAGGACUGGAAUAUGGCCUAUCUGGCAAGAGAAGGUACAUUGCAAUCUGAAGCUUUGGACCUAUCAAAUUUUGUUCUUUUUGCCACAGAUGGGACAACCUCUGGUCACAUCAAGUGGAAAAUUGAGUUAAAAGGGAGAAAGAUUCUCAAAUGUGAAACUCGUUUCCUGGCUACAACUUUUGGCAAGGGGAAGGUGAGGGCUGUGGUGUGUGCAGGAGACUUCUGUGUCCCACUCAAUAUGGAUGGAAGCCUUGUGGAACAGAAGGAGCUGUCAGGAUUGAAGACGGAAGCUUUGACAAUCGAAGGCUGGAUGGAAGGAGGGGAAGGGGAUGUCGGGUGGCAGCAUGCUCAGCUCUUCCGUGUCUCCACCCUCCCUCCCUCUCCUACCUCCCUUUCCUCUCCACCCUUUCAGGUCAUCCUCACAAUUUGA